AUGGAUGAUCUCGACCUCAUAUUUCUUAUCAUUCCCACUGGCGCAUUUUUUGGGCAUCAUAGUAUGCCAUCUGGGAUUUGUAUUUCUAAGAAUGAAUCAGUCAACACGCUAUAUACUAAAAUUCGGAAAAGGUACUCAUACGACUAUGGAGAUGCUUCUUUUAAUCUUCGUGUGGUUGAUAUUGAACGUAGAGAAUAUGUGUAUAUGGAACCUGAAAAAAAAAUUGGCGAUUAUUUCAAUGAAAGUCUUGUCAAACUUAGAGAAAUCGCAAUUCAUAUUCUC